UAGCAACACUGCAUGUGAAGCACUCUUCUGACAGAAAAAUAGAAAAGAGCGGCUGAGAGUUCAGACACGAUUUACAAGAGUUAGCAGCUAACAUAUACAUAACCUUCAGUUAGUAUAUACUUGAAAUCAGAAUAGUGCUUUCAAUAUUUCAAAUUCUAAAGCUAAAUAUAAGAUAAGCCAUUUUUGAGUUCUUAACUAGAAAUUAUAGUUGUCAUAAAAUGGAAGUUGAUGGAGCAUCAGAUACAACAUUGGUUGAUUCCUCAAAAAUUAGUGGAAGAAAGGAUAAUAUGCCAUGGGUUGAAAAAUACCGCCCUACAACCUUUGGAGAAAUUGUUGGAAACGAGGAUGCUGUUGGAAGAUUAGAGGUGUUUGCAAGAGAAGGAAAUACUCCAAAUAUCAUUAUUGCUGGUCCUCCUGGUGUAGGGAAAACCACUACAAUCCUAUGUUUAGCCCGCACUUUACUUGGCCCAAACUACAAAGAGGCUGUCUUGGAACUGAAUGCAUCAAACGAAAGAGGAAUUGAUAUUGUGAGAAACAAAAUCAAAAUGUUUGCACAGCAAAAAGUUACUUUGCCUAAAGGCAGACAAAAGAUUGUCAUUCUGGAUGAAGCAGACAGCAUGACUGAAGGCGCUCAACAGGCUCUCCGACGCACAAUGGAGUUGUUUAGUAAAACAACACGAUUUGCCUUGGCCUGCAACACGAGCGAAAAAAUUAUUGAACCUAUUCAGAGUCGUUGCGCCAUGAUUAGAUACGGGAAGCUAACUGAUGCUCAAAUUCUUCAAAAAAUGAUAGAAGUUUGUAAAUUAGAAAAAGUCAGUCAUACUGAUGACGGAUUGGAAGCCAUUGUUUUUACUGCGCAAGGAGAUUUGCGACAAGGUCUAAAUAAUCUGCAGUCAACUGUGCAAGGAUUUGACCACGUAAACAGUGAAAAUGUUUUCAAAGUAUGUGAUGAACCUCAUCCAAUGCUCAUUAAAGAUAUGAUUGACCAUUGCGUGAAGGGGAAAAUUGAUGAAGCGUAUACGAUCAUGUCUCAUUUGUAUGAACUGGGUUAUGCGGCUGAAGAUAUCAUAUCAAGCGUGUUUCGAGUUUGCAGAAAUCAUACCAUUCCAGAAUACAUCAUGCUUGAAUUUAUUCAGGAAAUUGGUUUGACCCACAUGAAAAUUGCCCAAGGAAUGGGUUCUUUGUUGCAGAUGUCAGGCCUUCUUGCGCGGCUAUGCAAAAAAGUUAUUGCUCCUGAAAAGCUAUCAUAUUGAUUUCCUUCAUUCUCUUAAUUGUCAAUAAAUGCUUGCCGAAGA